CGCUCCGCCCCCACCCAACAAUCCCGCCCCGCCUCCACCGCUGCCCACCAAACCCCCGUCCAGCACGCCCCUCCCCCCCCUCCCGCAACCAUGGGCGCACCUUCCCAGGGCCCCGGUUUGUUCGCUAACAUGGCUUCCACCGCUGCCGGUGUCGCUGUCGGUUCUACCAUCGGCCACACCCUCGGUGCCGGAAUCACCGGUCUCUUCGGUGGUGGAUCGAGUGCGCCCGCACCUGAGGCUGCGCCUGCACAGGCUGCUCCUGUUCAGCAGCAGCAGAGCUCUUUCGGUGCGACGAGCUGUGAUGCGGACUCGAAGGCGUUCACGAGGUGUUUGGAUGAGAAUGAGGGUAACAUGCAGAUUUGCGGGUGGUACUUGGAUCAG